AUGGAAGUAUACAUCGAUGACAUGUUAGUCAAAUCACUCAAGGAGGAAGACCACGUCGCGCAUCUACGGGAAUGCUUCGAACAAUUGAACAAGCACAACAUGAAACUAAACCCGGCAAAGUGUAGGUUCGCGGUCACCUCGGGAGAAUUCCUCGGCUAUCUGACAAAUGCCUGCCCUUCUACGACACCCUCCGAGGAAACAAAAAAAUUUGAGUGGGACGAACGAUGCGAGACGGCUUUCCAGGAAUUGAAGGAUUAUCUAGCGAGCCCACCAAUCUUAGCAAAACCAGUCGAAGGAGAGCCGCUCUUCCUCUACAUCGCAGUGUCUGCUACAGCAGUAAGCGGAGUGCUUAUCAGAGAAGAACGAUCCAAGCAAAAGCCCAUUUUCUACAUCAGUCAGACAUUGACCGACGCCGAGACUCACUACCCCCAGAUCGAGAAGGUUGCCCUAGCCGUCGUAGUCUCGGCUCAGAAACUGCGCCCAUACUUUCAAUCACAUUCGAUUGUUGUGCUCGCUACGCUUCCACUGCGCUCGAUCCUACACAGCCCUAGCCAAUCCGGUCGGCUCGCCAAGUGGGCCAUAGAGCUAAGCGAAUACGACAUCGAGUAUCGGAACAGGUCGUCUGCAAAGUCUCAGGUGCUCGCAGAUUUCCUCAUUGAACUUCCCGUCGAAGCAACAAACGAGCCGACACUAGACGAAGUGUGGAUGCUGCACGUCGAUGGCUCGUCGUCUAAACACUGCUCGGGAAUAGGAAUCCGCCUCACCUCUCCCACCGGAGAAAUAUUGGAGCAAUCUUUUCGCCUGAACUUCCACGCCUCGAACAAUGAAGCGGAAUACGAAGCAUUGAUCGCCGGCAUACGACUAGCGCAGGGAAUUGGAGUUCGAAAGAUAAGAACCUUUUGCGAUUCACAGCUCGUAGCAUGUCAGUUCAACGGAGAAUACGAGGCGAAGGAUGGACGAAUGCGAGCUUACCUCAAAGUUUUCCGAGAGUUGGUGCAAAAAUUCGAUGAGUUCGAACUCACUCGCAUUCCCCGAGGAGAACACACCUCGGCCGACGCAUUGGCAGCACUCGCUUCGACCUCGGACCCGGACCUCCGGCGAACGAUCCCAGUCGAAUUCAUCGAACGUCCUAGCAUCGAAGAGGUGGAAGGAGUUCGGCUGAUAAAUCCUCCUGAACAAGAACAAGAGGACGACGAAGCCUUUCCUAUGGACGAAGACGCCUCACCGGCCGAGCCGGAGUACGGCUGCGACAAAGAAUGGCUCGGAGCUAUCCGAAUGUAUAUCGCCGUUGGAGAGGUGCCAACAGACAAAUGGGAAGCCCGCAAACUAAAAGCUCAGGCCACGCGGUAUGUCCUCGUCGAUGGCGAGGUGUUUAAGUGGAGAUUUUCAGGGCCUCUCAUGACAUGCGUCGAAGGACCGGAGGCAAGAAAGAUCAUGCACGAGGUGCACAGCGGCGCGUGCGGGAACCAUUCCAGCGGAAGGUCGCUCGCUAUCAAGAUUAAACGGCACGGCUACUUCUGGCCCACGAUGGUCAAGGACUGCGAGAAAUUUACAGCAAAGUGCGAGAAGUGUCAGCGGCACGCUCCAACAAUUCAUCAACCCACCGAGUUGCUCUCGUCAAUUUCAUCACCUUAUCCGUUCGAUAGACAUCGUCGAACCUCUACAUCGCUCGAAGCAGAAGCGUUUCCUGCUCGUCCUCACGGAUUACUUUUCCAAAUGGGUCGAAGCCGAUUCCUACGCAACAAAUCUACGCCAAGAUACCCUCAAGGGAAUGGACAAGCUGAAGCAGCCAACAAGACGAUCCUCGACGGUCUGAAAAAGAGGCUCGACGCCAAGAAGGGACGGUGGGCAGACGAACUCGAAGGAGUCCUUUGGUCUCAUCGAACAACUCCGCGCCGAGCCACCGGGGAAACUCCAUUCGCUUUAGUCUACGGAUCGGAGUGCGUAAUUCCCGCCGAGGUGGAUUUCCUUUGUAUUCGACGAAGACUUCUACCAGGACAGGAGGGCUUGAACCACUUAAUGAUGCUAGAUGAGCUCGACCUAAUCAACGAAAAGCGCGACAAAGCCUUAAUUCGAAUACAGAACUAUCAACAAGCAACGGCGCGAUACUACAACAAAAACGUUCGUAGCCAAAGAUUCAAAGCAGGGGAGCUCGUCCUCCGGAAGGUCUUCCAAAAUACUGCCGAGAAGAACGCAGGAAAGCUCGGAGCAAAUUGGGAAGGUCCUUACAAGGUCACAAAAGUGGUUCGUCUAGGAGUCUACGAACUCGCGACACUAGCUGACGAGGCGAUUCCAAGAUCAUGGAACGCAAUGCACCUGAAGAAAUAUUAUCACUAA